AUGAAGAUCUUCAAUGACCCCAUUCAUGGUCAAAUUGAGCUGCACCCCCUGCUGGUGAAGAUCAUUGACACUCCUCAGUUUCAGAGACUCCGUCACCUCAAACAGCUCGGAUCAAAAUUUCUGGUGUAUCCAGGCGCCACUCACACUCGUUUCGAACACUCCAUUGGUGUGGCAUAUUUAGCAGGAUGUCUUCUCAAAAGCCUACGUGACAAUCAGCCAGAGCUCAACAUUACAAAACAAGAUGCCCUAUGUGUACAGAUUGCUGGACUGUGCCAUGACUUGGGUCAUGGUCCAUUCUCUCAUUUGUUUGAUGGUAUGUUCAUCCCUGAAGUCCGGCCAAAUGACAAAUGGGAGCAUGAGGAUGCAUCUGUUAAGAUGUUUCACUACAUGAGAAGCAAGAAUGGACUGGACAAGGUUAUGAAGGAAUAUGAUCUGAAUCUAGAUGAUGACAUUCCCUUUACUGAGGAAUUAAUUAAGGGAAACAGAACUUCAAGAUUGCUUAAGCUCAAAAUAUUUUUCUUCUUACAGCGGCCACCGAAUAAGUCUUUCCUGUAUGAGAUUGUAGCAAAUAAAUUGAAUGGCAUUGAUGUGGAUAAAUGGGACUAUUUGGCACGAGACUGUCAUUAUCUUGGCAUUCCAAACAGCUUUGACCAUCAGCGUCUGCUAAAAUCUGCACGAGUGUGUGAAGUGGACGGGGAAAAACAGAUCUGCUUCAGAGACAAGGUGGCAGAUAAUAUACAUGGAAUGUUUCACACCCGAUACACUCUUCACCGUCAAGCCCUUCAGCACAAGAUUGGCUUCAUCAUUGAUGUCAAGAUUAAGGAUGCUCUCGUUCUAGCUGAUAGAAAACUCGUGCCAGGUUGCAAAAUCUCAGAUGCCAUACAUGACAUGUCGGAGUACACCAAACUCACAGACCACAUCUAUGAUCAGAUCCUGUUAGACUCAAACCCUGAACUGGUUGAAGCCCAAGAUAUUCUAAAUGACAUCAUCAACAGACAGCUGCCAAAGUUUGUGGGAGAGGCCCGACUGAAUGAAGAUUUAUUAGAGGAAAAACUGCUGGAACAAUGGCAGCAAAUGGUCGACAAGUACAACACGUUCUACAACCAAGAUCUUGAGGCAGAAGAUUUUGACAUUCAUGUUCUUGACAUGGGUUUUGGUGAAGUGGGAAAUGAGCCCAUUGAUAAUGUUCAUUUCUACAGCAAGAGCAACCUAAACACAGCUUUCAAGAUUGAGAAGUACCAGAAGAAGAAGAGGAAGCCGGAGGAGAUGGAGAAGAUGGAGGAGGAGUUGGAGGAGAUGGAGAAGGAGGAGACAGGGAAGAUGGAGGAGGAGGUGGAGGAGAUGGAGAAGGAGGAGACAGGGAAGAUGGAGGAGGAGUUGGAGGAGAUGGAGAAGGAGGAGACAGGGAAGAUGGAGGAGGAGGUGGAGGAGAUGAAGAAGGAGGAGACAGACAAGAUGGAGGAGGAGGUGAAGGAGAUGGAGAAGAGGGAGACGGAGGAGAUGAAGAAGAUGGAGAAGGAGGAGAAGGAGAAGAUAGAGGAGGAGGAGAUGGAGAAGAUGGAGGAGGAGGUGGAGGAGAUGGAGAAGGAGGAGAUGUGGAAGAUGGAGGAGGAGGUGGAGGAGAUGGAGGAGAUGGAGAAGGAGGAGAUGGAGAAGAUAGAGGAGGAGGAGAUGAAGGAGAUGUAG